GUCGUGACCACGCCCUUUCCCGCGGCUCUUGUGACGCAGGCGCCCUGGGCUUUUUGCGCGGGAAAAGGCGGCAAUUCGGAACCAGCCGGUGCUGCUGGGACCCACUGUUUUCGCGGAGUCCGCCGCCGGCCCGCGCCUCUGCCGGCCAUGGGGCUGCUGGAGCAGUGCGAGCAGGUGUUCGGCACCGCCGACCUUUACCGAGUGCUGGGUGUGCGGCGCGAGGCCUCGGACGGCGAGGUCCGACGCGGCUACCACAAGGUGUCCCUGCAGGUGCACCCGGACCGGGUGGGCGAGGACGACAAGGAGGGUGCCACCCGCCGCUUCCAGAUCCUCGGCAAAGUCUACUCCGUUCUGAGCGACCAGGAGCAGAGAGCAGUGUACGAUGAGCAGGGGACAGUGGACGAGGACUCUGCUGUGCUCAGCCAAGAGCGGGACUGGGAGACCUAUUGGAGGUUACUCUUUAAAAAGAUAUCUCUAAAAGACAUUCAAGCUUUUGAAAAGACAUACAAAGGUUCUGAAGAAGAGCUGGCUGAUAUUAAACAGGCCUACCUGGACUUCAAAGGGGACAUGGGUCAGAUCAUGGAGUCUGUGCUGUGCGUGCAGUACACAGAGGAACCCAGGAUAAGGAACAUCAUUCAGCAAGCCAUUGAUGCUGGAGAAGUCCCGUCCUAUAAGGCCUUUGUCAGAGAAUCGAAGCAAAAGAUGAAUGCUAGGAAAAGGAGGGCCCAGGAAGAGGCUAAAGAAGCAGAAAUGAGCAGGAAGGAGUUAGGACUUGAUGAAGAUGAUGAUUUGAAAGCACUCAUUCAGAACAGACAAAAGGAUCGGCAAAAGGAAAUGGACAAUUUUCUGGCUCAGAUGGAAGCAAAGUACUGCAAAACUUCCAAAGGAGGAGGGAAAAAAACAGCUCUCAAGAAAGAAAAGAAAUAAUGGAAUUUUCAAAGGUCAUUAGAGAUUAAUUAAUUAGUGCCAUUGUAGGAAAAGUAAAGUCAAGAUUUGAAGACAAAAGUCAAUUCAACCCUUGAGAAAAAUUCUUUUCCACCUAAACUGUUCAGAUUGAGUAUGUAAACCAGAGUCUCUCAACCUGAUCUUAUAUCCUAGAAAUCCCCUGACAUUCUCUGAAGUCCAGUCCUUGAAGAAAUUUGGUGAUGGUCAUUGAGGAAACGGGGGGAGGUUGGUAUACUUCUGACAGCACUUGCUUCUGUGGAUCUUUUGUACCAGGAACUUUACCUAGAAUGUGGAUCUGUUCAUACUUCCUUUACCAGCUGUCGUUUUGCCACAAGAGUGAGCUGCAGAGUAUUCAGAGUGACGUGUGUGUUUAUUAGAACAAGUACGCUACCUGGCUAGAAUGUCUUCAGAACACUUUUGGACUUGGUCUUCCAAAACUUUGACAGUUUGCUUUCAGUCUUAAAACUCUUGAAUAGAUCCUCCCUUUUUGUUUUUUUGGUUUUUUUUACUCAAACAGGUUUUGUACUCUUUGCUUCAAGUAUAGGAGAAACAGAUGUUCACAUUACUUCAAGCAUCUUUAUAAGAUUAAUACAUGAUUAAACAAGUAAAAAAUGACUUAAAUUUUUAAUGAUCACUGGGAUAUUACUGCUGAACGUCCUUGGGUGGGUCACUAAGCUUGUCUGAACUUGUUUUCUCAUCUAUGAAAGGGCGAGGGAGUUGGGGUAAACGACUUCUUAGAGGCUUCCCUGACUUAACGCUAACUCUGAAGGGCAAGCUAUCAGUGGUUUGUUUUCAUGCACUCAUGGUAUUGAUUUGUGAGAAUAGUACAGAGGUUUUCACGUAUUUAGUCAAAUUGUAUGUAUUCAUUAGAAGAUGUGGAAGUUUUUAAGGGACUGUUCAACUCAAAAUCUCUGAUUUUAGACUAAUAUAUUCAAUGCCAUAUGCCUGAAACAAGCCUGGUACCUUUAUGUAUCAUGAUUUAUCAGCGAUAUAAGCACAUGACAUGUUUUCAGUUUGUGAUUAUAAACAAGGUUAAAAAAUACUCUUUAAUUGUAUUAAAAUAUAAUUUAAUGCAGA